GAACAAAGACGAAGUUUUUCUAAAGUGAGAUUCUCAAUGUUGUUGUAUCUUGCGCGCCUUCGUGGUCGUGGUCGAAAAUCGGGCCGAACGCACGCAAUUGGAUCUACACAACGGGUGUUAAGAAUGCUGCGGCGACAAUAAGUGCAAGGCGACUUCACGGCGCCAUGGUCACCUUCACCAGCCCAGAGUCCCACCUGGUUCUGCCACCUUGGAAGGCGGCCAAGUCCGGUAGUAUAUCCUUCAAAAUCCGUACCAACGAACCGAACGGAUUGAUUAUGUAUAGUCGUAGCGGGGCUCACACAAGGCAAGAUCUUUUCGCGUUCGAGAUCUUCAGCGGCCAUCUGUAUCUGCACGCUGACCUCGGAAGCGGACCUGUGAAGGUGAAAUCGUCGAAACAACGAGUCGACAAUGGCAUGUGGCACGACGUGGUAUUUCGUCGGGUCGAAAGAGACGGACGUGUCACCGUCGACGAUUCGAGCGUUGAAUUUCGCAUGCCAGGCGAUUCUACGCAACUAGAUCUAGAUGGAUUACUCUACAUCGGGGGUGUGGGAGCUCCAUUUGCACCCCUAACAGUUCCUCCAGUACUAUGGACAGGUGCCUUGAGACAGGGUUAUAUCGGUUGCAUGAGGGAUCUUGUCAUAAACGGACAACCAAUCGAUAUAGUUGGAUAUGCCCAACAGCAGGACUCCGGCGCUGUCAGGCCAGCUUGUCAUUCUCAAACACCCCACUGUCCUUCACAACCCUGCAUGCAUGGAAGCCAGUGUAUCGAAGGUUGGAACAGGUUUCAUUGUGACUGUACUGGAACACCAUUCACCGGCCCUACUUGUGGAAAAGAUGCGUCAACGUUACAUCUGAACGGAACGCAGCAAAUGACAGCGCUGAUGCCAGAGGAUUCGAAAACCCAGACCGAGGAGAUAGUAGUUCGCUUCAAAACGACCAGACCUCGUGGCCUUCUUCUGGCUACGAGUUUAGAGAACAGUUCGGAUCGAUUGCAAAUCUAUCUGGAAGAAGGCAAAGCAAAGAUGCUGAUCCACAUCGGGGACAAGGAGAAGACGCUGGUUGCUGGACAAGGUUUGAACGAUGACAUGUGGCACACGCUGAGAUUCUCCAGGAGAGCGGCAUCUUUGAAGUUCCAAAUCGACGACGAAUCUGCCGUUCGAGCGGAAACGCAGCUUGGCAAGCAAAGCAUUUUGGAAUUCCGAACGCUUCACGUCGGUGGUUACUUGCACGCCGGCGAGGAAAUCCCGCAUUUCGUCGGUCAGCUCCAACAAAUCUGGUUCAAUGGCUAUCCAUACCUGGAAAUAGCGCGGAGUUCCGGCAAUCAUCAAGCCUCCCAUCAAGGUGUAACACCGAUCAUCAGGGUUACAGGGAAAUUCGGCAAAAGGAACCAUCCAGUCCAUUAUCCGGUGACUUUUACCUCAAAGCACACGUUCGUCGGACUACCGGUGUUGAAAGCGUACGUGGAAACGAAUAUCUAUUUCCAGUUCAAAACGCGCGAAGCGAACGGCCUGAUCCUGUACAACGCCGGUCGCGAACGCGACUUCAUCGCGGUGGAGUUGGUAAACGGACACAUUCAUUACGUGUUCGAUCUGGGCGACGGCCCGGUCAGGGUCAGGGACACAUCGAGGUCUAGGCUGAACGAUGGAAAAUGGCACGCAGUCAGCAUCGGAAGGCCAGCACCUAAACGGCACACGCUCGCUGUCGAUGAUCACGUGACAGCUGUCAAUAGCCAGGGAAGCAACGAGAAUCUCGAUCUCGAUGGGAUUUUAUACAUCGGCGGUGUGGAGAAAUCGCAAUACGGUCAGCUACCAAAGCAAAUACUGAGCAGACACGGUUUCGAGGGGUGUCUCGCGUCGUUGGACCUCAGUGGCGAGAGCACUAACCUGAUUUCCGACGCGGUGGUUCCCAGCUCUCUGGUGGAAUCCGGCUGCGACAUGUACGCCAAUCUGCAUCCUGGCAAAAAGUGCACGCACGAUCUUUGCUCGAAUCACGGCACGUGCGUGCAACAAUGGAAUAGUUACACGUGCGACUGCGACAUGACCAGUUUCACUGGGCCGACGUGUAACGAAGAAGCCGCAGCUUACGAGUUCGGAGCAGGAAGAGGUAUUAUCACGUACACGUUCCCGCCAAAUCAGAGACCGGAAAUGAAGAGGGAUACAGUGGCCUUGGGCUUCGUAACAAGCGUGAAUGACGCCGUCCUUCUCAGAAUAGAAUCUGCCUCGAGCAACGACUAUCUUGAAAUUGAAAUUGUGGAAGGAAAUGUGUUCGCCGUUUACAAUAUGGGCACGAACGAUCAUCCAAUCGGUGAAGUUGGUGUAAAAGUGAACGAUAACCAGUAUCACGUGGUAAGAUUCACCAGAACAGGGCCAAACAGCACGUUACAAGUCGACGAUUACAAUCUACAGUCCAAUCAUCCAUCUGGUCGCCAGUUGUCCGUGUUCAAUACUCAAUCGACCAUUCAAGUAGGCGGCCGAUGGAAUCGCAACAAAGGCAGAGUAGAAAGGCCAUUCUUAGGCAUAAUUGCCGGUCUCGUUGUGAAUGGUGCACGAAUUUUAGAGCUCGCAGCAACGAAGGAUGAAAAAAUUACUACUAGAGGAGAUGUUCAAUUAUUACCACCUGGAAGUCUUCUGGAUCGUGCAGCUCCAUUGCAAAGAAUGCAACAGACGCCAGCAUCCGGUUUCCCGGGCGUCAUGGAUGAUCUCAUAUUUUCCGGUGCCGGAAGUGGUUGCGCCGCUGACGACGAGGACGAAGAAUGCACGCCAAUCUAUGAGCCUGGUUCCGGUAAGUACGACAUAAUAACACCGGUGUACGUGGCGCCGACGAGGUCGCCGACGACGUUCAGGCCGAAGCACCACAAGGAGAACAUUCAGGAGCGUCCGUCGUGCGACGACGAGGAGGACUGCGAGGAAGGUUCCGGAGAGCCGGUCACCACCGAGGAGAUCUUCGUCACGUCUGCCACUGACUCGAGCUCGGUGGCGUACACGACGGGCCGCGAGUACACGACCAGCCACAUCAGCACGCAAACGUCUCCAGGCUCGCCGUCGACAUCGACCCGGGACAUCGUCACCGACUCCGUCCAGUACAAUGUGUCAACCACAGACCUCGAAACCAGCCACGCCAGUAGCGUCGUGACGCAGAGAUCGACAACCGUGACGACCCAAACGACCACCACAGAGAUGACGGACCCACCGCCACCACCUCCACCCCCGAUGUACCCGCCAAUACCAACACCGCCAAAGAACAACAACAACAAGAGGAUAACGUCCGAGGCGGCGGAGAACGCCGCUCUGAUAAUCGGCAUCAUAGCCGCGGCGUUGAUCGCCAUCGUGCUUAUCAUCCUCAUCAUCCUCAAGUUCAAGAAUCGUCCGGAGACCAGCUACAAGGUCGACGAGACGAAGACCUUCUGCCAGGAUCCAAACGCGGCGUUGCUCGGCGCCGCCGGUUCCGGCCAGCCGUUCAACGGCCCCCUGAAAAACGGCGCCAACGGCAGCAAAACCAACAAGAAACGAGAACUGAUAGACAUCAAAGAGUGGUACGUGUAGAGAUGGCCGGUGUUGGAGAUCCAUGCGUCCACUUGAGUUGCACGCACGUGCUUUCGAAACUCUCGUGUGGUUUGCGUACACACACAGACACAACACACACACACACGAGCUACUGAGAACUUAACACGAAGAACGUGUGGAGCCUCUUCUUAAGUCCUUCGUUGGUGCUAGGGGAACUAUUAGCUAUUAUAGUUUUGGACACGUUUGAUAGAAACGAGGUGUGUUCCUCGGUGAAACACGCGACGGACAAGCAAGGACAGUGCUCGGCAACGCGGGAUUCCUCGUUUCGAUUUGUUCUCGUCACGAACUACUUCAGACGUGGUGAUACUGAUCGUCGGUACGGUUGAACAGUCAGGUUCGCGUUCGGAAGAUCGGAUCUCCUCGGCAUCUCGACAAGCGUCGGUGAGAACGUUAGGUGAAUCAACAAGCAUAUCCAAUGGUACGUCGACGGUGAUCGAACCUGGUCGAUGCUACGCACGACGAUCCUGUUGGCAGAAACUGCGUGCGUCCACGAUCGAAGAUCAGCAGGUAGACUUUGAUAGAAUUCGGGGGACUGUGGCGUUGAUCGGCAUUGUAGAGCGUCGGGAAAAGCCAAGACUGAUCACGUCGAGCAGGGAAGAAGAAAGAGAAGAAGAAGAGAAGGAGGAGACGCAGAAGCGAAAGAAAGGAAAAAAAAAGGGGGGGGGAAGUGGCAGAGGCAUCGUAGGUGCGUUGGAAAAAUGUAUCGAAUGGUUGUGCCGAUCGAAAACAUGCCCGAGAGAGGCGGCGGACGUGAAACACGGCGUUAUUACUCUUCGUUAGAGCGACGCUCGGCUUUAAGUCCAGCACUUUUCCGGCGCUAGCGCGAUGUCGAGCACAGGCGACGAAAUUUGGCGAUCAUCGAACCCUUGAAAUACGAUUGCAACUUUCGAAAAAAGAAAAAAAAACAGAGAAACAGAGAGAAAGAGACUAUGUGAGACUAUGCAGAUUCUUAUAUAGACUCGUGAAAUCAAACUUCUUCCUCGUUCCUAUAGUAAUAUUGUUAGUUGUGUAUUAUAUUCAUUGUAUAUGAAAAGAUUUAUCACGUAUUGCGAUAGCAUUCAUACGCAUGAUCCUUCUUUAGGCCGCGUUUCAAAAAAAGAAAAAAAGAAAAAAAAUGAUUAUUCAAAAAUAGAUGGUACUUACGUAUGAGAAGGUGUCGCGACGUAUUUCGAGGCUCGAGAAAAUAUUGAAAAAAAAAAAAAAAAAGAAAAGAAAAGAAAUUUGCUUUCGUUUAAACGUUGCCAUAGUCCAUGAUGUACUUAACGUGCGCAGCGUGGGAACGAAAAAGUGUUGGAAUUAACGCGCAAAGACGAAAGUAUCAAUACGAACGAUCCUAUCUAGCGAUUAAUGAACUUAUUGUUGUAUAGAAGAAAAAAAAAAAUAUAUAUAUAUAUACAUACACGAUAUUUAUCGAUUAUGUUAUACGUGUAAAUUGUUUAUUAAAUUAUAGAUUUUAUUAACACAACAAUGGAAGAGAGCGUGCAAGUAAGUACGUGUUACGGUGUGCGUGGUGAAACCGUAUGAAAGCGAACGAGAUAGUCCGCGUUGUUCUGUUUGAAAAUGAAAAAAGAAAGAAAAAAAUGACUCAAAGUAACGUCGGUGUAUUAACGCAUUAAGUUUCUCACGCGUUCUUGGGGAACGCGGAGAUGUAACCUGUGAAGUGGGUGAAGCGCGCGAAAAACGCUCGGAGGACACUGUCGAAAUAGUAAAAUGACACGUAGCCAUGCGCAGAUCGAUGCUUAUACAUAUACACAGGGUGUGAAUGCAGUAUUGCCAAAAACUAUGAAUCGAGUUUAACCGAUGUUUAACCCUUUGAUGUCCGAUACCACUCAUUGUUUCUUAAUAUCUCGUUACUUUGAUAUUUCAGUAUCGCAGUUUUUCCUUUAUGGGAAGCUUUUGCUGUUUCCUUUGUAGAAAAUUAUUCGUAUCCUUUUCUUAGAAAAUUAUUCGUAUCUUGCUGUCUCUGACCAUUGAACCAGGAUUACUUGGAAUUUUCAAUUCGAGCUCUACACGAGUUUAGUAAAAUGGAAGAAUCCAAGCGCAAGUCUGAUUGCAAAUCAACUUGUAUAUUACUGCACGUCAUAUUUUAUCAUUUAUUAUUACUGAAUUAUUUGUGGCGCGAGCGAUAAAAUCGAAUAAACAAUCAAUAAUGGAGGGCAUUAGACGAUUGAGAGAAUGCUCCACUUUAAAAAUAUAUUAUUGAUAUUAUGGAAAGGAAGAUUGAAAAGGUGAAGCAGUACAUAGUACGUACGAAGUAUGCCAGGAAAGAUUCAUGUAAAACACGGAAAACAAGAUGUUAAUAAUUGAUCAAAUUUAUCAUUAAAUUGAUUGUACCAAAAAGAUGUAAAAUAUGGAAAAUUAAAGGUGAUCCUAGUUCAAUGGACAGGCGCUGUAAUAUCUUUUGGUCUCUUUUCGAAAAUAUUUCUUUUCGUUCAGUAUUUCUGCGAUAGCUCUGUCAGAUAUCCCGCUGUAUACCUCUGUGUACCGAGCUUCGUCAGUCGAAAUAAAAUUUUCUGUAUGAAUUGAACAUCUCACUGCAUAGAUCCUCGAAACAAAGGGCUGCAAAGGGUUAACUAUAUACUGAAAUCGAUUUUCGUGGAUGUUCGAAACGGUUUUCAUCGAACUCUGCCGCCUUUAUAGAAACUCUCCGGGGGCUACUCUUCCAGCCUCCUGUCGUCGAUGGAAUCUCUUCUUACGACGCACGGAUAUCUUUGCACCCGAAAGCACAGCUUCCCUUUUCUAUGCGACGAAAAUAUAACUGUGAAAUAUUCUAUAUUUUCGUAUGCCACCCUGCUCGGUGUUCCCUGCUUUCUGAUACCUGGUCGAGACUGGUGUUCUUAUUCGAAUUACAAGUACAGAUUGCCGUUCUACUCUGUCGAAUUAAUAUCUAAUAAAUCUGAAAGUAUUUCAACUUUUGAUACUUUGAUUCCUAUAUAAUGUGAUAUAGAUAUGUUAAAGUAACAUUUGUAAAUUUCGAUACGUAUUAAUAUUAUUUCUAUUGCAUACCUGCGAUAAAGAUAACACAACUUCUUGGCUAAUUAUGAAAAUCUUAUUCAUUUAUUCAUUUUGGCUGUUAGAGAAUAAUUGUAUUACUCUUUCUCUGAUUCGUUUGACGAUUGUCAAAAAUUGUUUUUCGCUUCUUCUAGGGAAGUGUAUGAUGUAUAAAUAUUCCUUAAAAUGUCAUUGUCUAGAUUUUAAAUGAUCAGAGGAUAUUAUUAAUUAAAGUAGCACCAGUCUAGACUAGCAAAUAAUUCAACUGGUUCGUGUUUAGACAUUCCCUUCACUAAAUCUCAGCUAGAUCGCUAUUUAUCGCUGCAAUUCGAUCAUUCUUAUUGCUACAAAGCUAGUAAAUUAUCCAAAUUUCCGCUGAGACUUCUUUAAGCAGACCCGAACUCACCAAAAUAUCUUCCAAUCGAGAAAAAGACAUCUUUUGAAACGUUUCUCGUGAGAGUGUGUCAUUCGGGGGAAAAAAAAAAAACGCGAAAAAUCGUAGAAUCGAUUCGCGAAAAAGCAAUAACGAAACGUGAUAGUGACAAGAAGAGGAAUCUGUAAAGCUAGAUUAAUUUAAGAUCGUUCGAUAUACUCGGUUCCAAAGAUGAUUGCCAUUUGAUUCUUCGAACGUGCACGCUCCUAGAACGAUCGGUUCUUCGUCGAAACGAUAAGUAAUGGUAUGUAGUAACUCGCGGAUGAACGAAAGGGAGAGAGAGAAUGUGAAGAUGAUGCUUAAGACACGGUCGAGGGGGGGGGAUCUUUCGGCCAUUGAUCAAAAAAAAAAAGAAAAAAAAAGAAAAAAAAAGAAAAAAGGAGAAAAAAAGAAACGAGAUACGAUAAAACGUCCGAUUGUUAAAGGCUUAUAAGGUAUAAUACUUUGUAAAAUGUUCAGCGUGAACCGAGGACUCGCCAUUUUUUUUCUAGACAGGCGUACCUCGAACCAUCGUGAAAUCCUAAGUCUCGUUAGAACAAAAAGGAAGGAACAGAUAGAAAAUUGAAAAGAAGAAAAAUAAAGAUAACAAAGGUGAAAUAAAAAAUAAAGAUAAGUAAGAAAGAGAUGAGAAGAAAGAAAAAAAUGUAAAAUUUCCUCAGCUUCUUCGUUAUCUUAUCUCCCGCGAUUUUCCAUAAAAUGGAAUGAUAAUUCGAAUCGCGUCUCUAGGUUCUUUGAAAGGAUUCCAUGGUGGUUAAGAGAGUUCGAGGAACGCCGACGAGUUUGUUCUUUGUUCGCGAUUCAACUUUGCACCAUUCUCUCAAACAACUUGUAGAAAGUUCGUCUAGGAUUCUCGUAUUAUAUUUAUACUUACUUGUCCAACGUUAAGUCGAAACGCAGUCGUUGCUAUUCACGUUUUACGCGCCUUGACGCGUGUCCUGACGAUCCUACGAAACAUCAUAUCGUUCUAGUUCAAUUACUCCUCCGAUUGUUAACGACAGAUGUACUUUUAUCGCUUUCCACCCAUCACGCGGAUCAAAUAGGCCGCAAUUUUCGAAUAUCCUAGCCGCAAACACGCUCCGUUUUUUCUAUUUACAUCGCGAUUUUUAAGUACUUGACUGAUUGUCCAAUUGCUGAUCGACAACCAAUUUUUCUAUCGUUCGAGCUUCUCUGUUUUAGACGUUCGAAUUCUCUCUUUUUAAUAUACGCUUCAAAGAUUUCGAAUAUUUCCGAUAUAAGAAACUUACAAUUAGUACGGUGAUACGAUGAAAGUUUACGAUUUUUAUUGAAAAUAAAUCUAUCUGUCAGGCUUAUUUUCCCAGUCGAUUGCAAAAGCGACUUGAUAAUAUUCACGAGUAGAAUAAAGGUGAAAGAACCUUGGUGCAGCGUCGCUUUCGACAAUGUCGGAGUAUAGGCUCUCAGGGAAGCACAAUUAACGCGUUUUAAUUAGAAGAAACUCCGAGACCGAGGUACGAACCAAACCGACCACGAUUCCAACGCAUAUCAAAACGAACGAUUGUCCGUUUCAUAAGAAGAAAGAGGAAAUCGAUGAAACGUUCUCUUUUGACGAAUUCAAAAUAUCACGAAGACGAAUCACAGUACCUUUCCACGGUUUAUAAAUACGGUAUUGAUUUUUUUGUUUUCUCUUUACAAAUACAAAGGAGAGAUUCUCUGUAAGGCAUAUUCGAUAAACGUACAUAUGCUAUAUACUAGAGAUCACGGUUUUGAACGUGGACUAAAAUACACGUGUACAUAUGGUAUGUUUAAAACUAAAAAUCAGUUUAUAUUCUUAUAAGCGUCAAAGCAUUUUUAUGAAAAAGAAGAAAAAAACGACAGUCCGACUUUUAUUUACAAUUCUUACAAUUUCUUACAAAUUCUUACAAUUGUCUCUUUGGAAUCUCCCCAUUAUAAUGAAAUAUUACAAGAUUUCUCCACCUCCCAUUUUAUCAAAAUCGCUUCAAUAUGCAUUGCAAUUUUACCUGACGAUUAAUAAAGAAGACAGUAUUUAAAAACAACUGACAGAUAGAUGACUUGACGAAGCACGUUCCUGUUUUCCUACAUGUGAUUUUCAAAUGUUACGUUCGUGAAACGCACGAGUAAUCGCGUAUUAAAAAUUAGAUCUAAAUUCGAUUACUAUAUGUAUAUAUGUAUAUUUACAUACACGUGAAAUAGGGAUCUUUAGUAUAUACACGUAUCAUCCGAUGCUCGCAUCUAUUUGCGUGUAUCGAUUGAACGUACCUUCGUCAAAAGGAUUAUACCUUGCUUGUGCAGAAAAAUAUUCCUACACAACCAAGACUUGUUUUUGAACUCUUUAAAAGUUAAUUUAAAAAAGAAAAAAAAACAGAGAAAAAUGAAAGUAAAAAAAAAUUACGAAGAAAAACAUCGAAACACCGUUUCAUAUCUUAAUCGCACAAGAGCUUGAUAAGUCCAAACGUAGCACGAUUUUUGCUGAUAAAAAGGGCUGUAGAAUGGUCACGAGCGUAAUUUUUCGCUUCUUUUCUCUUUCUUUUUCGUUUUUGCUUAUUGUUUUCAUCGUUCGUUUUUUAUCGUUCGCGCGACAUCUCGUUGAAUCGAUUUGAUCGAACAAAACGAUCGAACGUUGUUACGCACGACGCUUAAAAACGGCACAAUAAUCUAUGCUCUUUCGACUUUGCUAGAUUCGUUACGCCAUCGAGAUCAAUUGUAGGCUAUAUAAAAAAAAAAAAAAAAUGACAAGUCGAUGUGGAUUUUGUAUAUUUACGUGGCUAAAGUUGAGUGGGCAGUCUUAACGAUAUCGCUGUGAUAUUGUCGACGCAGCAUUUCCUCCGAUUAUACAUCCCACAAAUAUCAUUUUUUUUUUUGGCAUUAUUCUAGUUACGGAAGAAAAUUCUCCCGGGUCGCGCUUAGGAAUGAAUGAUAAUAACACAGAAUUCAGCAUGAAACAAUCCGUAUAUUCAUAGUUAAUAAAACGUCAUGGCACUUUCGUAUUAAGAGGGAGACAAAUGGUAACAUAACAUGACAAUGCUUGCUUAAAACCUGGCAUCUAUCUAUUACACUGUUAAUAACUGAUGUUCGUUUCCUUACACGUAUUCAAUCACGUAAUUUUAUAGAUAUCGUUUGUUAUCUUCAGGUGAAUUGCAUAAUUAAAUAAGUUUAUUCCUACUUAUAAAACAGGAAGCACUUAUUUUUAUCAAUGCGUUUAACGAGAAGUGUCUUCUCUCCUGCUGUAUUUUAUUCGAAUAACUUCCAUGAUUAUUCAGAAAUAUUUAAAAAUAUUUUGCUAUUCUUCUUUAAAAAAAACUGAAAUAUCUUCUCCCGUUAUAUUUUAUUUAUAUAACUUUAAUGAUUAUUCAGAAAUAUUUACCAACGUCUUGUUAUUCUUUAAAAGUUGAAAUGUCUUUUCCUGCUGUCCUUCCAAGAUUUUAUUUCGACAACUUUGUUAAAAAUAAAAGAGAUCAUUUUACAACUUCAUUAAAUUCAAUCUUUUCUUAUAUUAUUCCUUCAUCUUCGUUUAAAAAAUAAAACACAACACAGCAGAAUCUCUUUUAUCUGAAUCACUAUUUUUCAAAUAAUAUCUUAAUAUUCGAAUGUUGUAUUACCGAGGAAGAUCAUUUACUAUAAUUGGAAAAUUAGACACAACUUAAACAUUUUAUUAUAAUAAUAUAAUAAUUGGAUAUUAAGAUAUUCGUAGAAUAUAAAUUUGGAUAAAGGAAACGCUGUUGUAUAUAACAAUUUCAAUUGUAUACGUAUCACCAAUUACAUUGCAAUUUUCAUAAAACAACGCCCGUUUCAAACCGUGCAAGUGCGAUUAAAUAUACCUACCCCUUUUAUAGCACAUAUACGAACAAAUGAUGCAUUUGAAACAAAGAUUAAGUACAAAGAUAAUUUUCUCUAACAAUAAACGCAUAAGUCAUUUGUCUUCGGAACGACCAGAGAAAACCAUAGAGUCAUGUGUCUUCUGCACAGGAUCGAGCGCUCGGUUAUCAGAUUAGUUGACUACAUCACUUCUUGCGAUCAUAAUUCUUCGACGAUGUAUAACUACGUGUUCAUUAAUAUGAAAGUACCGUAGUGUGAACGUAAUUUUGCCCCUUUCUUCUCUUGAAAAUGAAAAAUUGUAACUGACUUUUCGCUAUAUCUCGUUGUGGCAUCGCGUGCCACGAGAAUAUCGCACCAUCAAUCAGAAACACGUGUUCACCCAUCGAGAAAACGCGAACAUAUUGUUACCACUGCCCUCCAAACUCCCUAUCUGCAUAUCCUUCGGUGUACUGACAAUUAACAUUUAUACGAAACUAAUUAACUUCUAAUAAGAAUAUCUUAUCGAGCAAAAUGUUACUCUAAAUUAACUUAAUGCAUUAACGACUUCGAACUUAAGCGUGUCGCGGAAUAACGCCAUACUUGAAACUUAACUAUUAAAAUACGUAGUGCGGCAGCAGCGAAGAAAGUGUACGAGAAAAAAAGAAUGCGAGACAAACGGAAGAGAAGUAAACGUGGAAUGAAUGUCGUGUACGUGUGUAGCGGAACGUGCGUGUUUUGUAUGUAUGCGCGAGAUGAAGGAAAGAAAAAAAAAAAAGAA